UGUUUCUGUCACUUCCUGUAUUUUGGUGAAACGGUCGUGUGGAUAUUGUUGAAGGGAGGAUGUCGGGUAAAGACUUGUGUUUGUGUGAGCAGGUGGGGGAGUGGGGGGGGGCAGAGACAAUAGGGAGGGCAGGAAAAACCAGUGAUGUCAGCAGGGAAGAAGAGAAGACCGCCUCGCUUUUUCCCCCCCCCCCCCACCCCCUGUUUCUUAUCAGUGUGGCAGGGUGAGGGCAUUAGUGAGAAAGUGGACGCCGUCUUAUCAAAUGUGACAGUGGAGAGAAAAAGUGAAUGGAUCUGGUUAGAUAGAGAGGAAAGUGGAGCGACCGCGUUAUUCUUCCCACCGUCAGGAGGUUCAGACGGCCAGGGUGGAAAAGGAAGUGAGACAUCAGAGCGUUCAGCAGCCCCGUUGACCGACUAAACCCUGACGGACUUUUUUCUGGACUUGGGUGGAUCUGGACUCAGUAGGACUUGACCUCAGCCCCAGCUGCUACCAUGUACAGUGGAUAUGGAGGGAGUCCGUCCAGAACUCUGUCCACCAUGUCUCUGUCUGCUCGUCCAGUCAGACGCCUCACCUCCAGGUCCAUCACUAGGAGCCAGAGUUUCACUGGAGUCAACAGCUACGACCGGCCCUACAGGAACCUGUCGGUCAGCACACCAGGUGUCGCGCCAGGUGCCAGCAGGAAGACCAGCAGAGCUAGCAGGAUGUUCACCAUGUCCAUCAAGUCCAACCCACCACCGAAAGUUCCACAACCAGAGAGAGUGGAUCAGGUCUACGAGGCCCUGCAGAAAGGCCUUCAGUCAUACCUACAGAUUCAUCAGACUGACCUGGACAGCCUCAGUCGACAGAUGAAAGAGUCUAAACGGAACUCCAGACUGGGUUUCCUGUACGAGCUGGACAAGCAGGUGAAGGUGACUGAGAGGUUCAUUCGACGGCUGGAGUUCCACCUCAGUAAGAUCGAGGAGCUCUACGAAGCCUACUGCCUGCAGAGGAGGCUCCGGGACGGAGCCGACAAAAUGGUGAAGGCGUACACUACCUCCUCCGUCAGCAAGGAGGCGAAAGAGAGUUUGGUAGAAGCCAACAAGGGCUACAAGGAGUACACAGAGAACAUGUGUGUGAUGGAGAACGAUCUGGAGAACCAACUGGGAGAGUUUCACAUCAAGAUGAAAGGUCUGGCUGGAUUUGCCAGGUUAUGUUCCGGUGACCAGUAUGAGAUCUUUAUGAGGUAUGGUCGACAGCGAUGGCGGCUUCGGGGCAGAAUAGAGACCAAUGGGAAGCAGGUGUGGGACAGUGAGGACAUGGUGUUUCUGCCCCUCAUCAAUGAGUUCCUCUCAGUGAAGGUGACAGAGUUGAAGAGCUUGGCCAAUCACGUGGUUGUAGGAAGUGUUUCCUGUGAGACCAAGGACCUGUUCGCUGCUCUGCCCCAGUCGGUUGCCGUGGAUAUUAACGACCUCGGGACGAUCAAACUGAGCCUGGAAGUCACCUGGAAUCCGUUUGACAAAGAUGACCAGGGCUCAGUGAGCAGCUCCGUCAACAAAGCCCCGACCGUCAGUAAGAGGUUCUCCACGAUCUUCAACCAGAGUCCACCCGACACGCCGUCCCUGCGUGAACAAGCCUUUUAUAACAUGCUGCGGCGUCAUGACGAGUUGGAGAACGGAGCAGCCUGGUCCAAUUCAUCAGAGUCGUCCGAUGACUCGUCCAGUCCUCAGCUGUCAGCAGGAGGUCCACGGAGCUCCACGCCUCAAAAGCCAGUGAUCGUGUCACCGGAGAUUCAGCCCGCCUCCGUCACAGGAAGUCCCGCCUCACAGACGGACAUUUCCUUCUGUCUCAGAAACUCGUCCUCCACGUUUUCCAAAGCUCAAAAAUCCAUUAGUGAGGUGUCCGUCCCAGACCAGGACCAAAGCCGGGGCUGCAGGGAAGGGGAAACGGCAGCGGGUCCUGACGACGAGACAGAGCCGACAGAGGAGGAGGUGAACGCGGUGGACCAGGUGGACCAGGUGGUGACCAACAGCCUCAAUUGUCGCAGCUUCUCACGCUCUCUGAGCCACAUCAGUGAACACAGCGCUGAUGACGUUGUGUUGACGGACAGGUCAGCGGGCGAAUCAGGAGAGGUCAUGACCUCUGAGUUGUCAAUCAACGGAACUGAGGAGCUGCUAAACAGAAGUCCUGGGAUGGUGGGAAACACAAGCUGUACUACUGACCAAGCCAGCACUGACCUCACCCCCUCCCCCUCCUCCUCCCCCAGGACUGAAGAAAUAAACUCAACACAAAACCACUCUGCCCCACAUCUAAACUGCACCACAGUCCCACAGAGCGAAGACGAGACUUAUGUAGCACGGCUGGUGUCCGUGGAGGAGGAGGCGGCACCAGGUGAGGCACCAGGUGGAGGUGCAGAUGGUCCUGUGGACUGUGGUCUGGAGGAGGCCCUGGGAGCUGUAGUUUCCUCACUGGAUGAUUACAGAGGACAGUUCCCUGAGUUACAGGCCCUGGAGGAGGAGCUGAAGCUGCUGCAGGUCACGCUGAAGGUCACGCCGCAGGGUGGUAAACACAGUCGUUCGCCCAGCCUCGUCAGCCUCACGGUGGAAACAGCACUGGGCAGCUUUGAUUUCCUCAACGCGGCCGACUUUGAGGAGGACGAGGAGGAGAAGAGGAGCAGAAAUGUCAGGCCUCUGCAGAACAGCGCCACCUCUUUGACCACAGGCUGCACUACACUAGACCGCUGCCUCGUGGAGCACCUGAAGUACUGCAGCAGACAGUUGUUGCGGCUGGGGACGUUUGGUCCUCUUCGCUGCGGAGAGAUGUUCGCCUUGGACAGACUGCUGAGAGAGGCACGAGUGCUGGAAGUCAUCAGACGCCUCUCCAAGGACAACCCCAGACGCCUGCGACAACCAGCAGAUGUCGUGCCUCAGUUGAGCUUCUGUUCUGGAGCCGUGUCUUUAUGGCAUCAGUGUGUGGGACAGGACAGUGUGUACAGUGUCUCCGUGGACAGGCUCCUGAGGACACUGUCCACAGUCUACACCAGCAGACUACCAGAGAAGACCAGCAGCAUGGCUGACUCAGUGUUCAUGUGUCUGGUGGAGCGAGUGUUGGAUCGGAGGCUCCCGCGGCGAGGAGGCAGCAGCAGGGAUGUGGUGAUGGUGACGCUGUUCCAGCUGUGGAGCUACGUGGAAGCUAAUGGAGUCAGCGACUUAGAGACGCACGUCACCGAGCUAGCAGAAGAAGUUUGGUUCGUACAGAAGCUGGAGUCAUGUGACCAGGAUGUGAUCGUCCAGACGCUGCGUCGUCCUGUGCAGUGCAGCCUGAAGAGAGAAGGACUUCACGCCGUGGCGAAGUUACUGAGAGACCCGCGAGGCAAAGUGUCGGCUUCUGCCAGCUCUGUACUGAGAAGUGUGGCCGCUCAGCCCCGCCAGAGAGAACAGGCGUUGGUCAGCUGCUUGGAGUUGCUGGAGGACAGCAGCCUGGAGACCAGAGUGUGUGGGUGCAAAGCCUUGGCUCCUCUGAAGGCCAAAGAAAGCAUCGAACAGCUGGUUUAUCUUUGUCAGACGGACAAGGAGGAAGUUCGAGAAGCUGCCAAACAAACGCUGCUAGUGCUGGGAGAAGAAGGGAAGAUGGCUCACAGACAUGUGGAGACAUCCAUGGACUGCAUCCCCAGACUCUUCGCUCCAGGCAGCAUGGCCAGCACAGCGUUCUAAACGACACACACACACACACACACACACACACACACACACACAGACCUGCUGGAAGAUUUAUUAGAAUUCACUUGGUUUGAUUUUUUUUUAAUGUUUUCAAAUGCCAACAUAAGGACAAGUAUUUUAAUAUUCUUGUGAUUCCUGUGAUAUAGUUCUAAUUAUCUGCGUGUCACUGUUAACUGAGUACUUUGAAUUGUUAUUGCUUUUUCUCAAAUUCCGUGGGUCACAUGUCUGGGUGGUGCAGUAAAUGAUACGUUUCUUUCAGUCCAAGGAACAAAGUCAGAAAUAAGAAAUGGUUUGUCAGCGACUCACACUGAGGUUCUGUAGGAAAGGACCGUUGGUUACAGUUACAGUUAGAACAUGGUUCUGUUAGAGGAAAAACUAAUGACAACAAUUGAUCUGGGAUUCACUUUUCUUUUGAUUUAAAAUUGUAAACAUUUCAGAGAUUCCUCAUUUGUAAGUGUAAAUACAAAUUAGUAUUAUUUAAUUUUUCUUUUUCUUUGGUUUUAAGAAACGGCUGGACCACUCAGUUCUGCUGUACGUUAGCUUCACAUUAUCACAGUGGUUACUUAAAGGUGUUGUUUUUAAAUCAGCUCAAAUCUGUCACUGUUGUAAAAUUAAAAUCACAAACACUGAUCUGUGUUUCAACGCACACAAAGAAAUGACAUCAUUGGUUUCUUUCCUGCUGUCGUCUCAACCUCAGAAUAUCAAGUAUGUAGAAUGGGACCAGUAUUUGUCUGGUCCUGGUGUACCAUGUGCCAAACCAGACCUGGUCCUCAGUCACACUGCAGUGUACCCACAGAUUACUUCACUACGAUUGUGUGCAGAGGAUCAGUCUUAGAAUACCAUAUACACAUAUUGAAUGGUGGAAAAGCAAUGACACGACAUCAGAAAUGGCCGUAGUCGUCAGUAGACAGAGCAGUGCUUUGACAACGCCACAUCAUUGGAAGCUAAGAGUUUAAAACAUCUAUAAAUGUAUAACAUCUGCAAAUCUUCAAGAGUGUGGGAUUUUAAUCAUUAGUUUUUCUUUAAUCAAAUAUGAUGUCACUGUGUGAAUGAGGAUCCCAUUUAAAAUGAACCAAACAUUGAAGACAGCGACUGUCAUUCAUUACUGUCAUACUUUACAGCCUGUUUUCCUCUAAACUGAUCAGACGGCAUGGUCUCUUAAAGACUAAAACCAGUGAUUGAAGGAAAUAAUCUCAGAAAUAACUCUAUUUUCUCAGACCCCCCUUCACUUGGAGUAAUUUUUGUUUCUAAAUAAACAGUGGAGUACUUUGAUGAGUACUUAAGGCCAGAGUUGACAUAACUGUUCUUUUCUCCCAAAUGGCUCAACUUCUGUCUUCUGUGGACAAAAUUUAAUUUUAGGAGGUUUUAAAUCUGUAUGAUUUUAUUUCUUCAAUAUUUGUCUGAUGUAUUAAAACUAUUAUUAUUUUAUUAUUAAAAGCAAUAAAAUGAUUAUUGUUCUGUGUUGCUAGUGACUUUCAAAUAUUGCUGUCAGGCUGAUCAGAUAACGCGCUGCUCUGAUGUUAUGUUCGUGUUACUUUGAAUGCACACUGACUGCGAUUCAUGGAUUGUAAAUAAGAUGAGUUUCUAUAGGACAGCAGCAAUCGGCAACGGUGUUAAAGUGCCUCAAGGUGUAACCACUGAAGAGAUACUACAGUGUAUUUAAGAAUAAAGCAGUGGAAGAACACUGUGGCACAUUAUACAGACAAUGACAUACAUAUUUUUUUUCUUUUACAUGCUUAAUAUGGAAUGCUAUAAAUGAAACAUGUUUUUUUAUUAAGUAUUUCCAGGUAUUCUGGUGUCAAGUGUAUACAAACUUUAUUAAAAAUGAGUUUAAAAGUU